GUCGAUCAUCUUGAAAGAAAGACUCAGAAGUCAGACCGUUGGUUAGCGCUGUUCAGUAGCGUCCUUCAACUAACUGAAACAGCAGAAUGCCCAACUUAUUAGCAAAUGGUUGACAAACGCGUGUCCAUGCAUUGAACGCUUCUCACUGAAUCAGUUGAAGGAUAAAUGUGUCCACCAAAAUCAAAACAUUUUCUCCUAUUCAAAAGAAUCAAAACAUUUCCUCCUCCUAUAUGGUCAGGUCAAUCACACAACAGCUUGGAUGUUUAGUUAGUCAUCACUUCCUCUUCUCAUUUUAGAAUCUGGUUUUCUGUUUCUUCAUUGUUUCUUCAUCUUCUUUACCGUGUCAUUGUUGCUGCAUGGAUCCACUAAGACCAUUCAAAUCACAAAACUCAUAUAAACAUUCAAGAAAAAUAUCAGGAGGAGAUAUUGAUGAACAUCAUGAAGCACAACCGAUUCUAUUCCGUCAUAACCACGACGAAGAAUCCCCGAUGGAUUCAGAUGAUCGACGAGAAGUGAUUGUCAAGAUUGAUGGUAAUAAUGACACCCCUAAUGAUCUAAAUUUUGUUGUUCCUGAUUCUGGAAAUGGUAUGAAGAACAAUGAGACUAAUAAUAAUAGUAGUCGUCAUUGGAGAAAAUCUAGUUUAGAAUUUUGGAAUGAGGAUAAUAAUAAUGUAAGUGGUAGUGGUAAUGGUAAUGCUGCUGAUAGGUUUUGUUUUCAACAACAGCAUUCAUCAGCAUCAUCAUCGGCACAAGGUGGAGCAAAUAGUAUCGAUCCACCUUCGCAUUUGAUUAAGCAGUUUUUGAAUAAACAGAAAGAUAGUGGUGAAUUAUCAUUAGAUAUGGAUUUAGAAAUGGAUGAACUUCAAUAUGAGAACAGAAGUUUACCACCCAUAGCAGAAAGUCCAAGUAGUACUCAACAAUCUAAAGAACUUAGGGUAUCAUUUCAUGACUUCACGUCAUCGAAAGACCGUAUUGAAAUCGAUUCUAACGGGCUUAGUAGUCGAACAUCUUCAGAAGAAGAAGUUGAUCAUAAUUCCAACAAUACCAACAAUGGUGGUGGUACUGGUAGUAUUAACAGUGGAUUAUAUAACAGAAAAUCAUUUUUGAGAAAUACUUCUAAUAUUUCAUUUCAAACAAACAAAAGUUUAUUGAGAACUAAAACUAAGUCUAGAUUGAUGGAUCCUCCUGAUGAUCAAUAUAUAAGGAGAAGUGGUGCUAUUGGGAGAACCUCAGGGGCACUGAGAUCUGGCUUCUUAGGAAAAGGUAGUAUUGAUGAGGAUGAAGAAGAUCCUUUUGCUGAUGAAGAUCUUCCGGGUGAAUUUCGAAAAGCUAACUUUAGUGCGUUAACAAUUCUUCAGUGGGUUAGUCUCAUUUUAAUACUGGCUGCUUUUAUUUGUAGUCUUUUGAUUCCUGCAAUAGUUAAGAAAACUUUAUGGGAACUUCAUCUUUGGAAAUGGGAGCUUUUGAUAUUGGUUUUAAUCUGUGGAAGAUUGUUGUCUGGUUGGGGAAUUCGGAUUGUAGUUUUCUUCAUCGAGCGUAAUUUUCUGUUACGUAAACGGGUUCUGUAUUUUGUUUACGGAGUUAGAAAAGCUGUUCAGAACUGUCUCUGGUUAGGUCUUGUACUAAUGGCAUGGCAUUUCAUGUUUGAUAAAACAGUAGAGAGACAAGUGAAGAAUAAAGUUUUGCCUUAUGUAACUAAGAUUAUAGUCUGUCUCUUAGUGGGUACUUUGAUAUGGCUUGUGAAAACCCUGUUUGUUAAGGUUUUAGCUUCAUCAUUUCACAUGAGUACGUACUUUGAUCGAAUACAAGAUUCGUUGUUUAAUCAGUAUGUGAUUCAAGCACUUUCGGGUCCGCCUUUAGUUGAGAUCCAGAGAAGUCAAGAAGAGGAUGACAGAGUCAUGGCUGAAGUCCGAAAGCUUCAAAAUGCAGGGGCUACUAUGCCUGCUGAUCUCAGAGCUGCGGCGUUUCCUGAAAAUAUGAGCGGAAGAAUCAGUGGAAGAGUCAUGGGAAGUGGAGGGAUUCAACAAAGAAGUUCCAGGAUUGGCUUUUCGGGAGCAAUUUCUAAGCAGUCACAGACACCUGAGCAGGGUAUAACCAUUGAUCAUUUGCACAAACUAAACCAGAAAAAUAUCUCUGCUUGGAACAUGAAAAGGUUGAUGAAUAUAGUUCGGCAUGGAGUCAUGUCAACGUUGGAUGAACGAAUAUUGGAUUCAACUGGAGAAGACGAGACAAAAAUGCAGAUCAGAAGUGAAUGUGAGGCGAAACAUGCUGCUAAGAAUAUAUUCAAUAACGUUGCCAAACGUGGGUCCAAGUACAUUUACCUGCAGGAUUUGAUGAAUUUUAUGAGAGAAGAUGAAGCUAUAAAGACAAUAAAUCUCUUUGAAGGAGCUAAGGAGACCAAAAGGGUUAGCAAGAAAGCUCUCAAGAACUGGGUGGUGAAUGCAUUUAGAGAAAGAAGAGCUCUCGCAUUAACUUUAACCGAUACAAAAACUGCAGUGAAGAAGCUACAUCAUAUAGUGAACUGUGUUGUUGGAGUCAUUAUUUUGAUCAUCUGGCUUUUGAUUCUUGGGAUUACUACUGUCCAUCUCUUGGGAUUCUUGGCAACACAGCUCCUCUUAGUAGUCUUCAUAUUUGGUAAUACUUGCAAGACAAUGUUCGAAUCAAUCAUAUUUUUGUUUGUCAUGCACCCAUUUGAUGUUGGAGAUCGAUGUGAAAUUGAUGGAGUUCAGAUGGUAGUUGAGGAGAUGAAUAUUCUGACCACUGUGUUUCUAAGGUUCGACAAUCAAAAGAUAACAUAUCCAAAUACUGUUCUCGCUACUAUGUGCAUUGGUAAUUACUAUCGAAGUCCUGAUAUGGGAGAAUCUAUCGACAUUGGCAUCCAUUUGUCAACACCAGCUGAAAAGCUUGCCAUCUUUAAGGAGAAAAUCACAGGGUUUAUCGAAGGAAAGUUGGAUUACUGGUAUCCUGCUCCAAUGGUUGUGGUGAGGGAUGUAGAUGAAAUGAACAGGUUGAAAGUUUCAAUCUGGUGUCAACACAGAAUGAACCACCAAGAUAUGGGAGAGAGGUAUGCAAGGAGAGCUGGUAUAGUUGAAGAGAUGAUCAAAGUCAUGAAAGAUCUUGAAAUUGAGUAUCGAAUGCUUCCGUUGGAUGUCAACGUUCGCAACAUACCAACUCCAACGCUGCAAUCUGCUCGUCUUCCUCCGACUUGGACUGACACAUAAAAAAAUGAAAGAAAAAAAAAAUCAGUUAUACAAAUUUUGAUCUUUUUUUUAAUUGCCGCAUCUUACUUCUAAAAAUUUUGUUCUGGGUACUGCCCAUUUAGCUUUGGUGCAUUCAUCAACAUUCAAGCUGGUUGAAAUAAAAACGUCA